AUCUUUCGACACACGGUUACAAACAUCAAUCUUUUCGGCUCGUGUGCUGUACUCAUUUCAACAAAAAUAAAUAUUGUACAUAUUUUUAUAGAAAUUCAUUGUAAAAAUAGAAGUCCAAGAUGCCACUUUCAUGUCGCUUCUAUUCCCAAAAAUAUCCCGAGGUGGAGGAUGUGGUGAUGGUUAAAGUGCGAUCUAUUGCAGAAAUGGGUGCUUAUGUAUCUCUUCUAGAAUACAAUAACAUUGAAGGAAUGAUUCUGUUGUCUGAACUGUCUCGUAGGCGUAUUAGAUCCAUAAAUAAGUUGAUCCGUGUAGGCAGAGAUGAGUGUGUUGUAGUAAUAAGAGUGGACAAAGAAAAGGGAUAUAUUGAUUUAUCUAAAAGAAGAGUAUCACCUGAAGAUAUUGAAAAGUGUGAAGAAAAAUUUGCAAAAGCAAGAGCUGUGAAUAGUAUUCUCCGCCAUGUGGCAGAAAUUCUUAAAUAUGAAACUGAUGAAGAAUUAGAAGAUUUGUAUAGGAAAACAGCAUGGCAUUUUGAUGAAAAAUUUAAGAAACAAGCCAGUUCUUAUGAUAUUUUUAAACAUGCUGUCAAUGAUCCAAGUAUUUUAGAUGAAUGUAAUUUGGAUCCUGAUACAAAAAGUACACUUUUAGCAAAUAUCAAAAGAAGGUUGACACCACAAGCUGUCAGAAUAAGAGCUGAUAUUGAAGUUGGCUGCUAUGAUUAUGAAGGUAUCGAUGCAGUCAAAAAUGCUCUGAGAGCAGGGAUUAAUUGUUCUACUGAAGAUAUGCCGAUAAAGAUCAAUUUAAUAGCUCCUCCUCUGUAUGUAUGUACUACAACAACAAUGGAGAAGUCUGAUGGACUUAAAGCUUUACAAAAUGCACUUAAUGAAAUUCAGAAUAAGAUCAAAGAAUAUGAUGGUGUUUUUAAUGUAGUGACAGCUCCUAAAGUGCUUACUGAUCUUGAUGAAGCUGAAUUAGCAAGACAUUUUGACAAACUUGAAAUGGAAAAUGCUGAAGUAUCUGGCGAUGAAGAUGAGGAAGAUGAAUCAGAAGAUGAAAAAAUUGAAGAAUAAAGUAUUAUUAUUAUUGUUAUUGUGGUUCAUUUUAUUUAAAGAUGGUGUCUCUUAAUAAAAAUUUUGUUAAGUUCUUA